AUGCCGCAACUUCUGAGUCGACUCAAAAGAGAUCUUUGUGGUGCCAGUGGUGGUGGCGGUGGAAAGGGGAAAGGGAGAGGCGAUGAGGCAAGAUGCAGCAGUCGCACUUUCAUGUUGUCUCUUGGGGCGAGGAGAAGCAAGGAGCAAAUCUCAGAAAUCAAGCUGGCUCACUAUUCUGCGCAAAUCUCAGAAAUCAAGCUGGCUCACUAUUCUGCGCAAAUCUCAGAAAUCAAGCUGGCUCACUAUUCUGCGCAAAUCUCAGAAAUCAAGCUGGCUCACUAUUCUGCGCAAAUCUCAGAAAUCAAGCUGGCUCACUAUUCUGCGCAAAUCUCAGAAAUCAAGCUGGCUCACUAUUCUGCGCAAAUCUCAGAAAUCAAGCUGGCUCACUAUUCUGCGCAAAUCUCAGAAAUCAAGCUGGCUCACUAUUCUGCGCAAAUCUCAGAAAUCAAGCUGGCUCACUAUUCUGCGCAAAUCUCAGAAAUCAAGCUGGCUCACUAUUCUGCGCAAAUCUCAGAAAUCAAGCUGGCUCACUAUUCUGCGCAAAUCUCAGAAAUCAAGCUGGCUCACUAUUCUGCGCAAAUCUCAGAAAUCAAGCUGGCUCACUAUUCUGCGCAAAUCUCAGAAAUCAAGCUGGCUCACUAUUCUGCGCAAAUCUCAGAAAUCAAGCUGGCUCACUAUUCUGCGCAAAUCUCAGAAAUCAAGCUGGCUCACUAUUCUGCGCAAAUCUCAGAAAUCAAGCUGGCUCACUAUUCUGCGCAAAUCUCAGAAAUCAAGCUGGCUCACUAUUCUGCGCAAAUCUCAGAAAUCAAGCUGGCUCACUAUUCUGCGCAAAUCUCAGAAAUCAAGCUGGCUCACUAUUCUGCGCAAAUCUCAGAAAUCAAGCUGGCUCACUAUUCUGCGCAAAUCUCAGAAAUCAAGCUGGCUCACUAUUCUGCGCAAAUCUCAGAAAUCAAGCUGGCUCACUAUUCUGCGCAAAUCUCAGAAAUCAAGCUGGCUCACUAUUCUGCGCAAAUCUCAGAAAUCAAGCUGGCUCACUAUUCUGCGCAAAUCUCAGAAAUCAAGCUGGCUCACUAUUCUGCGCAAAUCUCAGAAAUCAAGCUGGCUCACUAUUCUGCGCAAAUCUCAGAAAUCAAGCUGGCUCACUAUUCUGCGCAAAUCUCAGAAAUCAAGCUGGCUCACUAUUCUGCGCAAAUCUCAGAAAUCAAGCUGGCUCACUAUUCUGCGCAAAUCUCAGAAAUCAAGCUGGCUCACUAUUCUGCGCAAAUCUCAGAAAUCAAGCUGGCUCACUAUUCUGCGCAAAUCUCAGAAAUCAAGCUGGCUCACUAUUCUGCGCAAAUCUCAGAAAUCAAGCUGGCUCACUAUUCUGCGCAAAUCUCAGAAAUCAAGCUGGCUCACUAUUCUGCGCAAAUCUCAGAAAUCAAGCUGGCUCACUAUUCUGCGCAAAUCUCAGAAAUCAAGCUGGCUCACUAUUCUGCGCAAAUCUCAGAAAUCAAGCUGGCUCACUAUUCUGCGCAAAUCUCAGAAAUCAAGCUGGCUCACUAUUCUGCGCAAAUCUCAGAAAUCAAGCUGGCUCACUAUUCUGCGCAAAUCUCAGAAAUCAAGCUGGCUCACUAUUCUGCGCAAAUCUCAGAAAUCAAGCUGGCUCACUAUUCUGCGCAAAUCUCAGAAAUCAAGCUGGCUCACUAUUCUGCGCAAAUCUCAGAAAUCAAGCUGGCUCACUAUUCUGCGCAAAUCUCAGAAAUCAAGCUGGCUCACUAUUCUGCGCAAAUCUCAGAAAUCAAGCUGGCUCACUAUUCUGCGCAAAUCUCAGAAAUCAAGCUGGCUCACUAUUCUGCGCAAAUCUCAGAAAUCAAGCUGGCUCACUAUUCUGCGCAAAUCUCAGAAAUCAAGCUGGCUCACUAUUCUGCGCAAAUCUCAGAAAUCAAGCUGGCUCACUAUUCUGCGCAAAUCUCAGAAAUCAAGCUGGCUCACUAUUCUGCGCAAAUCUCAGAAAUCAAGCUGGCUCACUAUUCUGCGCAAAUCUCAGAAAUCAAGCUGGCUCACUAUUCUGCGCAAAUCUCAGAAAUCAAGCUGGCUCACUAUUCUGCGCAAAUCUCAGAAAUCAAGCUGGCUCACUAUUCUGCGCAAAUCUCAGAAAUCAAGCUGGCUCACUAUUCUGCGCAAAUCUCAGAAAUCAAGCUGGCUCACUAUUCUGCGCAAAUCUCAGAAAUCAAGCUGGCUCACUAUUCUGCGCAAAUCUCAGAAAUCAAGCUGGCUCACUAUUCUGCGCAAAUCUCAGAAAUCAAGCUGGCUCACUAUUCUGCGCAAAUCUCAGAAAUCAAGCUGGCUCACUAUUCUGCGCAAAUCUCAGAAAUCAAGCUGGCUCACUAUUCUGCGCAAAUCUCAGAAAUCAAGCUGGCUCACUAUUCUGCGCAAAUCUCAGAAAUCAAGCUGGCUCACUAUUCUGCGCAAAUCUCAGAAAUCAAGCUGGCUCACUAUUCUGCGCAAAUCUCAGAAAUCAAGCUGGCUCACUAUUCUGCGCAAAUCUCAGAAAUCAAGCUGGCUCACUAUUCUGCGCAAAUCUCAGAAAUCAAGCUGGCUCACUAUUCUGCGCAAAUCUCAGAAAUCAAGCUGGCUCACUAUUCUGCGCAAAUCUCAGAAAUCAAGCUGGCUCACUAUUCUGCGCAAAUCUCAGAAAUCAAGCUGGCUCACUAUUCUGCGCAAAUCUCAGAAAUCAAGCUGGCUCACUAUUCUGCGCAAAUCUCAGAAAUCAAGCUGGCUCACUAUUCUGCGCAAAUCUCAGAAAUCAAGCUGGCUCACUAUUCUGCGCAAAUCUCAGAAAUCAAGCUGGCUCACUAUUCUGCGCAAAUCUCAGAAAUCAAGCUGGCUCACUAUUCUGCGCAAAUCUCAGAAAUCAAGCUGGCUCACUAUUCUGCGCAAAUCUCAGAAAUCAAGCUGGCUCACUAUUCUGCGCAAAUCUCAGAAAUCAAGCUGGCUCACUAUUCUGCGCAAAUCUCAGAAAUCAAGCUGGCUCACUAUUCUGCGCAAAUCUCAGAAAUCAAGCUGGCUCACUAUUCUGCGCAAAUCUCAGAAAUCAAGCUGGCUCACUAUUCUGCGCAAAUCUCAGAAAUCAAGCUGGCUCACUAUUCUGCGCAAAUCUCAGAAAUCAAGCUGGCUCACUAUUCUGCGCAAAUCUCAGAAAUCAAGCUGGCUCACUAUUCUGCGCAAAUCUCAGAAAUCAAGCUGGCUCACUAUUCUGCGCAAAUCUCAGAAAUCAAGCUGGCUCACUAUUCUGCGCAAAUCUCAGAAAUCAAGCUGGCUCACUAUUCUGCGCAAAUCUCAGAAAUCAAGCUGGCUCACUAUUCUGCGCAAAUCUCAGAAAUCAAGCUGGCUCACUAUUCUGCGCAAAUCUCAGAAAUCAAGCUGGCUCACUAUUCUGCGCAAAUCUCAGAAAUCAAGCUGGCUCACUAUUCUGCGCAAAUCUCAGAAAUCAAGCUGGCUCACUAUUCUGCGCAAAUCUCAGAAAUCAAGCUGGCUCACUAUUCUGCGCAAAUCUCAGAAAUCAAGCUGGCUCACUAUUCUGCGCAAAUCUCAGAAAUCAAGCUGGCUCACUAUUCUGCGCAAAUCUCAGAAAUCAAGCUGGCUCACUAUUCUGCGCAAAUCUCAGAAAUCAAGCUGGCUCACUAUUCUGCGCAAAUCUCAGAAAUCAAGCUGGCUCACUAUUCUGCGCAAAUCUCAGAAAUCAAGCUGGCUCACUAUUCUGCGCAAAUCUCAGAAAUCAAGCUGGCUCACUAUUCUGCGCAAAUCUCAGAAAUCAAGCUGGCUCACUAUUCUGCGCAAAUCUCAGAAAUCAAGCUGGCUCACUAUUCUGCGCAAAUCUCAGAAAUCAAGCUGGCUCACUAUUCUGCGCAAAUCUCAGAAAUCCUACCUCAGAUCAGAUCUCACUUUGAUCCAUUCAUUUCCACUUCCUCCCAUCCUUACGGCAUUGGGAAUUCUCAAAAGUAG